AUCUUUCUCUUUUGAAUCUCUCUCUCUAAAUAAUUAUAAUGGAAGGGAUUUCGGUGGCUCAGAUCGAUAGGAAAUCAUCCAUAGAAAGAGAGCCAAGGGCUCCUAGAAUGGAUCAAUUUCAUUUUACAAGGGAAGAAGCUUUAUAUGUUCUGAAAACUAGGUCUGUGGAAGAAGCCAUGAAUAUCUUCACUGAGGGCUUAAAGCCAAUGGGCAGUGCGGUGGCGUUGAAAACAGGAACACUAGAGAUGGUUCUAAGUGAUGAAAUCGAAUUUGGAUUCAUGGAGGAUAACUUAGAACUGUCAUGCGAUAUAGCCACAACACCUUUCUAGCUUCACCCUACUUUUUUUUUUUUUUCUAUUUUGCUUUUUAGAGUUAUGUGCUAGUUGUAAUUAUACGCAUAUUCCGUUCUUAGGUAGUACAAAAAAUAUUGAUGCAAAUCAUCAAUUGUUUCUGUUGCGAUUUAUUAUGAUACAUAUUAUUAGUUUCUUGACUAGUGAAAAAAAAUGGCCCCACAAAGGAAGAAAAUAAAAAAAGAAGACGUGUUGUAAAUCAGCUUAGUUUAAUCAUAAAAAAGAAAAAGAAAGAAAAUGAUUAAGAUAUGGUAUAUAUGUUAUGUAUAAUGAUCUCAGAUUAUUAAUAAUUUGCAAAAUGAUUUAUUACAAUCUCUAAAAUGCAGUGUUUAGAUUGGAUUAUUUUUUUUUUGAAAUGGUCCAAGCUAAGUGCCAAGUUUUUUAUUUACCGUAUACAAUCUUUUGAAGUGAAAGUCACUAGAAUGUAUUGUACACAAAUUAUUGCCAAAGAAACAUGACAAUAUGAAUUAUGAAGCAUAUAGAAUUUUUUUUUUGAAAGAAAUGCAAAAUUUGUUAAUAAAAAUUUAAUGUUACAGAAGAAUUUAAAAAUUGAGGACAAGCAUCUGUCCAAACACAUUUUCCUAAACUAGUAACAGAGGUUGUGUGACAGUCAGUAGUCCCGUGAUCCGUAAGGGGAAAUAUCGGGUAAGCUGUGCAAUCCCACAUCGCCUCGGGAAGGUCAAGUGGGAUGGUUCCGAGACUGUGUAGGUAUGGGACUACACAGUUGAAGAACUUAAAUGGAUUGAUUGGUACUACCUAUAUCAACAAGGUGCAUCUUGUUUUUUGGUAGCCCAACACGAAAGAACUCCACAGUUAAGCGUGCUUGACAUGGGAAAAUUUUAGGAUGGGUGACUUCUUGGGAAGUUUUCCCAGGAAGCGUGCGAGUGAGGACAAAGCACGCUGAAAACACUCGUGUUGAUCUGUAAGAUCAGUCAUCAAUUCAGGAAGCAGCUAGAGUGACGGUACUCGUGUAUAAGAGCCAUUAUUCCGUGGGUGUAAGGACCCAAUGGAGGCUUGAAGCGGGAACGUUACAAAUGGUAUCAGAGCCUUGACCCAGCCGGAAGUGUGGUCGACGAGGACGUCAGACCCCAUAAGGGGGGGUGAUUGU